AGAUGGCGCAAGUGUUUCUUCUCAACCGGAGAAGCGAUGGACAUGCAUGUUUCUCGAGUCUUCGUGAACCAUUACUUCCCCGAGUCAUCACGUCGACAUGCCCUCGACAUGUUGAUGCAAAUCCGUGAGCAGUUCAAUCAGACGCUGCAGAAGAAGGAGUGGAUGGAUGAGGCGGCGCGUGUUAAGGCUGUCUACAAGCUUCAGCACAUGUUCCUCGAGGUCGGCCAUCCCUCUGUGUGGCCUCCUAGCGCCUUCCAAGACUUCAAGAGCUUCGGGGGCAUCCGGGACAACACUUACUUCGACAACAUCGUCGCCACUAACGCAUUUGACGUGCAAAACGCGCUGUCACGGUUGGGCAAGAAGGUCGACAGACGACGAUGGGGCAGCUCAUCGGCGACAGACGUCAACUCCUACUACUCGAGGAAGGUCAACGGAAUUUUCAUCCCCGCAGGCAUCCUCCAGCCUCCUUUCUACAGCCCGACACAGGCCAUUGCCAGAAACUAUGGCAGCGUCGGUUCCAUCUGCGGGCACGAAAUGACCCACGGCUUCGAUGACAUCGGACGUGAGUAUGACGCGGAUGGGAAUAGAAAUGGCUGGUGGGACGAGCAGGUGGUGAAGAACUUCAAGGAACGAGCCAAGUGCAUAUCCGAGCUCUUCUCUAGCUAUGAGGUCGACGGCAAGCAUGUCAAUGGAGAGCUGACGCUAGGUGAGGCCAUCGCGGACUCCGGAGGUCUCAAGGUGAAGCUCCUCUUGCUCCACGUGCUCUCCUUGUUCACUCCCCGACAGUUCUCCUGGGAAUCUUUUCUGCAUGCAUAUCAGCCGUCGCACACAGACCGGAUGUUGUUCUUCAUCGCCAUGGGGCAGACAUGGUGUGAAAAACUCAAACCGCAGGUCAGUCUCUAUCUUCUCCUUCACCCUCCUUCCAAGUUUCGCGUCAUCGGAACUCUCAGUCAGUUCGCUCCGUUCGCGGAGACUUUCAGGUGUCCUGUUGGCUCUCCCAUGAAUCCCGCACGGCGAUGUCACUUGUGG